AUGUCGUGUUUCUCGGGUCUGGAUGCGCUGAUUGCCUUCAGGUUUUCCCACCUGAUGGCCUACGCUGGCCGCCGCAUGGCCAAGCAAGCCAAGCAAAUGUCCCCGUCCCCAAAGUCCCGCAAUGCCGUCCUCACCGGCUGCCUCUCUGGUAGCCUUGCCUUCCUGUCUGAGGCGGCCGCGAGCAUGGGAGCCGAGCCAAUGAAGGUCCCGGGCUGGCGUCUGGUGCAGGUCCGACCUGAUGGCAACUGCCUGUUUCGUGCGGUCGCCCAAGGUGAGGCCUUUGCAAAGCAGAUUCCAGAUCUGCCGGAAGAAGAAGAAUCUCGGCGCUGCAGGGAGCUGCGAGCAUUGGCAGUUGCCGAGCUGAUUAAUCGCCGUGAGGACCUGGGUUUCAUUGUCGAAGGUGACUUCGACAAGUACGUUGCCAGGAUGUCGCGCUCUGGGACUUGGGGUGGCGAGCCGGAGCUGUUCAUGCUCGCCAAAUUCGUUCUGCAAAUGCCCCUGGAAGUGUACAUUACAGACGGGCACAAUCGAGUUCAACACUUUUUGACUUACUCCGAGGACUUACCCGGAGAACCCGUCCGCGUUCUCUUCCAUGGUUACGGCCACUAUGAAGCGCUGGUGCCGGUGAAUUGA